GAUUUUAGCCAUCGGGGCGCUCCGCUAAUAUCGAUUUUUGGGAAUCAAACUAGCGAAGAAUUUUGCCCAGUCCCGUCUUUAUCUAUGCUCAGUCCUAUUUGCUGUCCUUCUCUUGUGCAUGUCAAUGGUUGCUGUGAGCAUACAAAGUAAGGUUAUAACCGGAAUGAAGCAAAAUUUUCUUGGUGUAAACCACAAAAUAUCCCCCCUUAUGGGGUAUGUCCUGUGAUGUAAACAACUUGUACAUGUCUUCAUCUAUGGUAAACAACACAAUUUCCAUUUAUAAUUGUAAUAAACUGUGCUGGAAUAUUUGAAAAUGGACUCACUAAACGUGUACGAAAUUGCGAAUGUUCAGAGAGAAAAUAUCCUGCUGUUUUUGCAGGGCGCUUCUGAAGGCUUGGACAAUGCCAGCGCCUGCCACCUCCUGAAUCAGAAACUUGCUCAAUACACAAGCACAGUCUACAAAGGUGGCGAUAACAUUUACAAUAAGCUGUUACAUGAGAUUCGGUCGAAAAUGGACACCGAAUUUACUCUGAGAGUCCCGAAGCACCUUAAAAAGCUGGACUUAAACGCCCAAAUUACCAAACUGGAUUGUUCUGAACAGGGACUACACUGUGCCAAAUCUGAAUUAAUCAGCGAAUCCGAACUUAAGCAGUUUGCGGACUGGUUUGCUGCGAAACAACAGCCAUCUAUAUUGCGCAAAUUUACAGAUAAUGAGAGCAAUAUAAUUGAAACUCCGCAAGUCUUGCAAAGCAAAUCUCAGUUUUCGGGUGCUGGUCGAAUUGCCAACAGGAAAACUGAUUUGUCCCAAUUCACCACUGCCAGGCACGAACUGGAGAACCAGAAAUUUGCCAGAAAAGUAGGCACAGGCCUGGGCCAGUCUUAUUCAGACGAUAACAUCAAUACGGAGUCCAGAAAGAAACUGGGCAGUAGAAGAACUGCCAAGGGCAAGUUUGUGUCCCCACUUCUAGCACACAGAGAAAGCGAAUCGAAAAAUGAAGAAAAAGGAAGUUCAACGUUGGUGGACGACCGGCUGAAGAACAUUGAUCCCAAAAUGGUCGAGCUAAUAACCGCAGAGAUUAUGGAUAAAGGACCUGAAGUGGCCUGGAACGAUAUUGCUGGUCUGGAAUUUGCAAAGGCUGCCAUUCAAGAAGCGGUAGUGUGGCCUUUAUUGCGGCCCGAUAUUUUUACAGGAUUACGCAAACCGCCAAAGGGUAUAUUGCUCUUUGGACCUCCAGGGACUGGUAAAACUUUAAUCGGAAAAUGCGUUGCUUCCCAAAGCAAAUCAACAUUUUUUAGCAUCAGCGCUUCAUCGUUAACAUCGAAAUGGAUUGGGGACGGCGAAAAAAUGGUCAGAGCUCUUUUUGUGGUUGCCCGAGUCCAUCAGCCCUCUGUGAUUUUUAUUGACGAAGUCGACUCGCUUUUGACCCAACGAAGCGACACCGAACACGAAAGCUCUCGGCGUAUAAAAACUGAGUUCUUAGUGCAGUUGGAUGGAGCCACCACCGAUAGUGAGGAGCGACUUUUGGUUAUUGGGGCCACUAAUCGGCCUCAAGAGCUGGACGAGGCCGCACGCCGACGUUUCGUUAAACGCCUGUACAUUCCCUUGCCGGAACACCAGGCCAGAGUCGAUUUACUGAAGCAGCUGAUGGGCAGCGAGCGACAUUCUUUAACGGAUGACCAAAUUGAAGCCAUCGCCCAGCAAUCUGCGGGUUACUCGGGAGCGGAUAUUAAACACUUGUGUUCUGAAGCUGCUCUGGAGCCGAUCAGAUCACUGGACUUGUCGAAUAUUGAAAAUAUUCAGGCUUCGCAAGUGCCGUCCGUAUCGGUAACCGAUUUCCAAAAGGCCCUAAGCAAGGUAAGGGCCAGUGUUUGUCCAAAUGAUUUAGUCCAGUACCUGCGCUGGAACGAGACUUAUGGUUCUGGAAUUAGCUUUGUUUGACUGUGGCAUAAUUUUUCGUGUUUAAAUUAUAGUAGUUUGUGUGAAAUGAAAUAUAUUUCUCGGUUCGUAA